CAUCACAGGCGUGGUGGGGCCGCGAGCUUAUAAUAUUAGAGUACAUAGUCAAACAUUUCACUCGAACCGCAUUCGCUCCAGUCCACCACGACCGGACGGUGUUACCUUCUGUCAGCGGAACAGGAGGAGAGGGCGGAACCCACGUGUAUCGCGAGAAGCGCGCGUGGCAAGAACACUACCGCAGCAGCCCCAGGCAGCCCGAAUCCGCCUCUCUCGAGCAUAUGCUCGGAUCCCUCCGCGCAGACAUGAGCCGCCAAGGAGUCCAGACGCCCCAGAAGGGAUGCUGCAACGCCUGCGAGAAGCCCAUCGUCGGACAGGUGAUCACCGCGCUGGGCCGCACGUGGCAUCCUGAGCACUUCACCUGUGCUCACUGCAACCAGGAGUUGGGCACGAGGAACUUCUUCGAGCGUGAUGGCCGGCCGUACUGCGAGCCGGAUUACCACAACUUGUUCUCGCCGCGAUGCGCCUACUGCAACGGCCCGAUCCUCGACAAAUGCGUGACAGCCCUGGAGAAGACUUGGCACACGGAGCACUUCUUCUGUGCCCAGUGUGGGCAGCAGUUCGGGGAAGAUGGUUUCCACGAGCGGGACGGCAAGCCCUACUGCCGCGCCGACUACUUCGACAUGUUCGCGCCCAAGUGCGGCGGCUGCAACAAGCCCAUCAUGGAGAACUAUAUCUCAGCGCUCAACACACAGUGGCACCCCGAUUGCUUCGUCUGCAAGGAAUGCCAAACUGCAGUCAAAGGCAAAUCUUUCUAUGCGAUGGAAGGAAAACCAGUAUGCCCCAAAUGCGUCGGAGUCGACGAGGAUGAGUAAAGGAUGAUGCGCCGACCCCCAAAAUGGAUGCCCUCCCCCAAUUUCUUUUACAGCUAUGCUCGCCGGCACCGGCGUGGGAAUGAAUGUAAACACACAAACACGAAUGCUAAAUGAGUACACCAACACACAUUACACACAAGUCCAAGUAUAGGGUACUUAAAUAGGAAAUAAACUAUGUAAUAUAUUUUUGUAAUAUUAUUGUAAUGCUAAGAUUUAUAAUAAAGAGAACAAAAAUAAAGAAAAAAAAAACAAAAAAAUA